AUGUUCACCAUAGCAACAAUUAUACCUCUGCCACAAGGGAAACAGAUUCACCUCCAGGCAACUGAUGAGCCCCAGAAAAUGCAGGGCCCUCCUCACUCACAUUGUCUAUCUGCUUUAUAUUAUACAGACCUCCAGUAUGCAAGAAGCUCUUCUAAUACAAAGGAAUUUGCAACCACCACUGAAGAUGUCAUCAUGGUCACAAGUAGUAUUGCGAAGGACAUGCAACCAAACUCCAAGGUCAUUUACUGGCCAAAUGCAAUUUAUACUGACAGCGACUGGGAUGGUCCCGAUGUUGGUAUUGAUCAUUCAAUUCCUGGGCCUAGUGCAUCAAAAGGAGAACUUUUAGAUGCCCUCAAAGCACUGCAAAUUGAUAUUCAGAAGCUCUGUAAAGAGAAUAGGGCUCUCAAGGAAGAGAACAAAGUUCUCCUUGCAGAGAAGCCCAAGCAGAGCAUUGCAGAUGCUCACUCGAGUGAGAUCAAGAAGCUACAGAAUGUUGUUGGCACAAUCUCUGACCUUCCAUCAAAAUACUUUACCAACAUUGGUUAUGACCAUGUAGGUGUCCCUGAGAUCCAAAAGAUGCUUGGAGUCACAUCUGCUACAAACCCAACAUACACAACAUUCCCACUGGUUCUGUUUCCUAAUUUGAUUGAAGACAAACCUCUCAAGAUUGUGUUCAGAAAUUGGAAAAUGCUAGCACAGAUAUUGAAAGUAGCAUUACAUGGUGUUACAUCACUCUACCAGGGUACCAGUCACGGCGGUAGCACACACACAAAUUCACAAAAGUGGGACGUCCACCAAGUCACACCAGGAUCAAUUGCAUGGGCAUCCAUUAUGGCACAAUAUUAG